AUGGACAGGAGAAAUCAAUCACUGGUCACAGAAUUUCUCCUCUUAGGAUUUGGAAACCUCCACAACCUCCGAAUUUUAAUUUUCAUCUUCUUUUUGAUAAUCCACAUCAUGGCUUUAACAUCAAACAUCUUUGUUGUAGUCUUGGUUGGGGUCACCCAGAACCUCCACUCCCCUAUGUACUUCUUUCUCAGUCAGCUGUCCUUGUCUGAGAUCCUGUUCACCAGUAACAUUGUGCCCAAUAUGCUAUGGUUGAUACUAGUGAGAGAAGGACGACUAUCAGUGUCCAGGUGUUUAUCUCAGUUCUACUUAUUGAGUGUUCCCAGCAUUGCCCAGUGCUUUUUGUUGGCAGCCAUGUCCUUUGAUCGGCAUGUGGCCAUCUGCAGACCAUUACACUAUGCCACUAUUAUGACCUUUAACCAUCAGCUUCAGAUGGUGACCUUCUGCUGGUUGCUGGGCUUCACCUUUCCUCUAUCAGUUUACAUUUUCUUAAGCAAAUUAGAAUUCUGCCGCCAUAACAUCAUUGAUCAUUUUUUCUGUGACAUUGCUCCUCUUCUACAAUUGUCCUGCUCAAGUACGUCUUCUGUAGAACUGGUCACGGCUGUGGUCUCCUUUCCAGUCCUCUUGACUCCAUUCAUGUUUAUCAUAGUCACCUACAUUUCCAUCAUUCAGACCAUCCUCAAGAUUCCCUCCGGCACUGGAAGACAUAAAGCCUUCUCCACCUGCAGCUCCCACCUGAUCAUUGUGUGCAUGUACUACGGGACGUUGUCAUCCAUUUAUAUCUUCCCACCAAGAGAUAAUUCCAUAAAUCUGAACAAAGGGCUCUCUGUUCUAUACACACUGGUGACUCCAUUGUUUAACCCUGUAAUUUACAGCUUGAGGAACCAGGAUAUUAGAGGAGCCAUUAGGAGAUAUUUUAAAAUCUUGAAGCAGUGGCAAAAGUUAUAA